AUGUUGAACAUUGCGGGGUCAAUACGAGUGAGAGUGAAGUGCGAUGGCCGAUCGUACACGAUGACCUUGAUCGUGAUCGAUGGGAAAAGUACGUUCCAUCCGUUGCUGGGGCGAGACUGGUUAGAUGUGCUGUACCCUGAGUGGAGGCAAUUUUUUGAGAACGAGGUCGCAGAGGUCGACCAAAGUGAGGUUAAGUUGGACAGUACUCGCGCCACGUUGCUUUCUAACCUCAACGCACGCUAUCACGACUUGUUCACCAAGAACUUGGAAGAACCAAUCGAGACUUUUGAAGCUAGUGUGGUUCUGAAGGAGGACGCCAGGCCGAUCUUCUACCGGCCGUACGAAGUUCCGUUUGCCCUGAAGGAGAAAGUGUCCAGUGAGCUGGAUAGGUUAGUGCGUGAGAAGAUUUUGGUUCCGGUCAAGCACAGUGAGUGGGCAUCGCCGAUCGUGGUUGUGCCGAAAGCAGACGGUAGUGUACGGAUCUGUAUGGACUGCAAAGUGACCGUGAACAAGGCGAUCUGUACCGAACAUUAUCCUUUGCCUAACAUAAGUGAUGUUUUUGCGAACCUAAGUGGUUACCGGUACUUUGCGAAGAUCGAUCUGCAAGGGGCGUACAUGCAGGUUAGAGUGUCGGAGGAUUCCCAGAAGUAUCUGGUGAUCAACACGCACAAGGGACUUUUUGCCUACCAGAGACUACCCUUCGGGAUCUCAAACGCGGCCUCCGCGUUCCAGUUUAUCAUGACUGAGGGCAUUUUGAAGGGGGUAGAAGGAGUCCAGUGUUAUCUAGACGACAUUUUGUUGGGAAGUGAGACCGUUGAGGGGUUAGUGAAAAAAAUUCACGAGGUUCUGGGACGGCUGGAAGAGUUCAAGGUCAAGGUGAACCUUGAGAAGAGCGAGUUCUUGGUCAAGAAAAUCGCUUAUCUUGGGCAUCAGGUUUCUGAGAAGGGUCUCAGUCCGUCGGAGGAGAAGGUCAAAGCGAUCGUAGAUGCACCAAGGCCGAAAGAUGUGUCCCAGCUGAAAUCGUUCCUCGGAAUGAUCAACUACUACUCCAAGUUUGUCCCCAAUCUGUCCUUUAAGUGGUCUGCUGAGUGUGAAAGUGCGUUCGACAAGUGCAAGAAGCUCCUGUUGAGUAACCGACUCCUAGAGCUGUACAACCCUGAUCUACCGAUCGUGGUCGUGUGCGACGCGAGCUUGAAUGGCGUGGGAGCCGUUCUGUGCCACAGGGUUGAUGACGUGGAAAAGCCCGUUUUCUACGCGUCGAGCACUUUGUCCGCUGCUGAACGAAACUACCCGAAUCUGCAUCGAGAAGCUCUUGCCGUGGUCUUUGCCCUGACGAAGUUCUUCAAGUACAUCUACGGUAAGCAGUUUACGGUUGUCACCGACAACAAGCCGUUAGCAGCCAUUUUGGACCAGAAGAGAGGUCUGCCGCCGUUGGCCGCGGCGCGGUUGCAGAAAUACGUGUAUUUGCUUUCGAUUUUCGAAUUUGGGAUCGUGUAUCGCAAGGGGUCGAAGAUUCCAAAUGCGGACGCUUUGAGUAGACUACCGGUUUCUGGUACCACCGGGGUCGACUCGGAGAUUGCUGAGCUGUUGAGCGUGACCGAGGAGUCAGCCAUGAUCGAUCUGGAGGUCAUAGGCCGGGAAACUCAGAGAGAUGUUCUGCUGAGUACGCUUUUCCAGCUGGUGCAAAGUGGGUGGGACGAGAGUAACGUACCCGCCGACCUGAAGUUUUACUUCGCAAACCAGAGUUGUCUGUCGUUGUUUAACGAUUGCGUACUUUAUUCGGAAAAAGUUAUUGUUCCGAAGUCUUGCCAAAAACGUGUUCUAGAGCUGAUGCAUGGUUGUCAUCUUGGAGUGAUCCGGAUGAAACAAGAAGCUCGACGGUACGUUUACUGGCCGGGGUUGGACAAGGACAUCGAAGAAUUCGUACAGCGGUGUGAGGUUUGCAGUAAGACCGGAAGAAUGCCGAAGAAGGUUUACUCGAAGUGGCCGGAGGCAAGUAAACCGUUCGAGAGAGUCCAUCUGGAUUUCUUUCACUUCGGUGGAAAAACGUUUUUGAUUGUCGUUGACGCCUACUCGAAGUGGAUCGACGUGAGGUUGAUGAGUAGAACCGAUUCAGAUUCGCUGAUUAACGCUUUGAACUCUGUGUUCCGUAUUUUUGGGAAAAGCGAUCUGAUCGUCAGCGAUAACGGACCACCGUUUAACAGUCAAGCAUUUGUGGACUACGCGAGACAGAUGAAGAUUGAGUUGAAGAAGAGUCCGGCGUAUUCGCCCGAAAGUAAUGGUCUUGCGGAAAGGGGGGUCCAGACAGCCAAAAGCGGUUUGAAGAAACUGAUGGCUGAUCCGAAGUACGGUAGCUGUAAGAUUCCGGAACUGGUUGAGAUUUUCCUGUUUAGUUACCGGAACAGUUACUGCCAGGCGCUAGGGUGUUCGCCUGCAAGCAAAAUCUUUUCUUUUGUGCCAAAAACCGAUUUGGACAGCAAUUUGAAGCCGGAGCAAGAAAAGGUUAAGAAAAGGGUUAGAUUUGAUCUGCGGGUCAAAGAGAAGAUCAUUGAUAAGCGGGAAAGUGUCAAUGAAAAGCCAAGGGUCAGGAAAAACGACGAUUACGCUGUAGGAGAUCUUGUGUGGUACCGUUGUGAGUACAAGACGAUGAGAUCUUGGUUGGAAGCUGUGAUCGUGGGUGUUAAUAGCAAGAAUACAUACUACAUUGAGGUGUCAGUUGAAGAAUAA